GGUAAUGGUGUUCACCUGACCUAGCUACAGACGAUCCUUACCGUAUCAACUAUUUGUGUGCUGCAGAAGCUUCGCUACAGAUCACCUUGCUAUAACUGCUCAACACUUCUCGCUGAGCUACAGAGAUCAUGUCGUGGGUUCAAGUACCAGAAGGCAGCCAUUUUUCCCUGCAAAACCUUCCCUAUGGAAUAUUCACCACUGCAACCAAUCCUCGUCCUCGUAUUGGUGUUGCUAUUGGCAACGAGGUCCUGGAUGUCUCAGUGAUAGCCUCCAAGUUCUUUAGUGGAGACUUGGUCAAGGUGUUUCAAGAGUCUACACUGAAUGGGUUCAUGGGAUUGGGUCGAGCAGCGUGGACUGAAGCGAGGACUACACUGACACGACUGCUAUCACAAGAUGAGUGUGCUCUGAGGGACGAUGAUGUCAUGAGGGGGGCGUGUCUAAUACCACAGGCUGAUGUCACUAUGCAAUUGCCAGCACGUAUUGGUGACUACACUGACUUCUACUCGUCACGUGAGCAUGCCACCAAUGUGGGGACCAUGUUCAGGGGACCAGAGAAUGCUCUCAUGCCAAACUGGCUCCACCUACCUGUUGGUUACCAUGGUCGCGCCUCCUCGGUGGUGAUAUCUGGCACACCAAUACAUCGCCCCAAUGGACAGCAAAGACCUGACCUAGAUAAGCCUCCAGUAUUUGGACCUUGUAAGCUGAUGGAUUUUGAGCUGGAGAUGGCAUUCUUUGUUGGCCCUGGCAACCAGCUUGGUCGACCAAUCAGUGUGCAGACGGCCCAGGAUCACAUAUUUGGUGUUGUGCUGAUGAAUGAUUGGAGUGCACGAGACAUACAGAAGUGGGAGUAUGUUCCAUUGGGUCCGUUCCUGGCCAAGAACAUGGGGACCCAUAUAUCACCCUGGGUGGUCACCAUGGACGCCCUUAUGCCAUUUGUCAUUGAUAAUCCUGUACAAGUGGACCCUACUCCACUGCCCUACCUUCGUCAUGAUGAUCGCUACUCAUUUGAUGUUCAACUAGAGGUGGCCUUGACCACUAAGGAUCUAACAACUCCAUUCACUAUCUCUAAGACCAGCUCUAAAAACUUGUAUUGGAGCAUGAAACAGCAGCUAGCCCAUCACUCAGUGACUGGCUGUAACAUGAACCCUGGUGACCUCUGUGGAUCUGGAACCAUCAGUGGAAAGAGCCCUGACUCUUAUGGUUCAAUGUUGGAGCUUUCCUGGAAGGGGACCAAACCCAUCAGCCUGCCUAAUGGAGAGACAAGGAAGUUCCUCCAAGAUGGAGACACAGUCAUCAUGACUGGCUAUUGUCAGGGCCCUGGUUAUAGAGUGGGCUUUGGACAAGUCACUGGCACUGUGCUACCUGCUGUGGACUUGACCACCACCUGAACACUUGUAGCUAGCUCUAUAGCUGGACUGUUUAUAAUAGCUAGCAUACAUGUAGUAGUGUAGCUGUGUGGUGUGUGCUGAGGCAUUUGAUUUAUUGUUUUUGUACUCUGAAUUUUGGUGAUUAACUCGAGGUUACGUAUUGCA